AGAUCCCUCCGCCAGGCCCUCCCGUGCCCGCUCCCGGCGCUGUGUUCCUGGGGAUCAAGGGCCCUCGUGGCCCGCGGUCCUCAGGGCGUGGCCGUGUCUGCAGCGAUCACUUGCUUGCCAGAACCCCAGUGCCACGGGCAAAGCCCACUCCCUCAGGCCCCCUCGGUGGCGCAAGGAUCCCCGAGGUCAGAGGGGGCGUGGCCGCCAGCAGGCCCCGCCCUGUCUGUGACGUGCCGGUGGCGCGCGGCGGGCCGCGGGUGUGGGAGGUGCCCGGGCCUGUCGAGACCCGGAGGCCGGGGCCGCCUUGCGACGCCCACUAGUCGGCUUCUCCUGCUCCAUCUUUUCGGAGAAGCAGCGGCGACCUCGGCCUCCAGCUCGUCCAGGGGGAGCGACGCGGCGGUCGGCCGGGAUGGUGUUCCUGGGCUUGUUGCAGUCGGGCGGCUUGGUGCUGGGCCAGGCGAUGGAGCAGGUGACAGGAGGCAACCUGCCUUCCACGCUGCUUAUCGCCUGCGCCUUCACGCUCAGCCUGGUCUACCUGUUCCGCCUCGCAGUGGGCCACAUGGUCCAGCUGCCCGCCGGGGCGAAAAGUCCACCGUACAUUUUCUCUCCAAUUCCAUUCCUUGGCCAUGCAAUAGCAUUUGGGAAAAGUCCAAUUGAGUUCCUGGAAAAUGCAUAUGAGAAGUAUGGUCCUGUAUUCAGCUUUACCAUGGUGGGCAAGACGUUUACUUACCUUCUGGGGAGUGAUGCGGCUGCACUGCUUUUCAAUAGUAAAAAUGAAGAUCUGAAUGCGGAGGAUGUCUACAGCCGACUGACCACGCCCGUAUUUGGGAAGGGGGUUGCAUAUGAUGUGCCAAAUGCAGUUUUUUUGGAGCAGAAGAAAAUGUUAAAAAGUGGCCUUAACAUAGCCCACUUUAAGCAGUAUGUUUCUAUAAUUGAAAAAGAAACAGAGGAAUACUUUCAGAGUUGGGGAGAAAGUGGAGAAAGAAAUGUGUUUGAAGCGCUUUCGGAGCUCAUAAUUUUAACAGCUAGCCAUUGUUUACAUGGAAAGGAAAUUAGAAGUCAACUCAAUGAGAAGGUGGCCCAGCUGUAUGCAGAUUUGGAUGGAGGUUUUAGCCAUGCUGCCUGGCUGCUGCCAGGUUGGCUGCCUCUGCCCAGUUUCAGACGCAGGGACAGAGCCCAUCGAGAGAUCAAGAAUAUUUUCUAUAAGGCCAUCAAGAAACGCAGGCAGUCCGAAGAAAAAGUUGAUGACAUUCUCCAAACUUUACUAGACUCUACAUACAAGGACGGGCACCCUCUGACAGAUGACGAGAUAGCGGGGAUGCUCAUCGGACUCCUGCUGGCAGGACAGCACACCUCCUCCACCACCAGUGCCUGGAUGGGCUUCUUUUUGGCCAGAGAUAAACCGCUUCAAGAAAAGUGCUACUUAGAACAGAAAGCAGUGUGUGGUGAGGACCUGCCUCCCUUAACGUAUGAGCAGCUGAAGGAUCUGAAUUUGCUUGACCGAUGCAUAAAAGAAACAUUAAGACUGAGACCUCCUAUAAUGACCAUGAUGAGGAUGGCCAGGACCCCUCAGACUGUGGCAGGGUACACCAUUCCUCCAGGGCAUCAGGUGUGUGUUUCUCCUACUAUCAACCAAAGGCUGAAGGACUCCUGGGUAGAACGCUUGGACUUUAAUCCUGACCGCUACUUACAGGAUAACCCAGCAUCAGGAGAGAAGUUUGCUUAUGUGCCGUUUGGAGCUGGACGGCAUCGUUGUAUUGGAGAAAAUUUUGCAUAUGUUCAAAUUAAGACAAUUUGGUCUACUAUGCUUCGUUUGUAUGAAUUUGACCUCAUCAAUGGAUACUUUCCCAGUGUGAAUUAUACAACAAUGAUUCACACCCCUGAAAACCCAGUAAUCCAUUACAAAAGAAGAUCAAAAUGAAAAAGGAACAAGGAACCAGUGUGGGUUAAUGACUGCAAGCGGCAGCUUGAGAGAGAAUGAAGCUUAUGAAACAACUUUCAGUGUGUACUGUUUUUUUGAGUGUGUAAUUCUGAAAGCCAGUUUGAUUUUAAUGUCUUAUUAAUGCAGGUGAUUUUUAGCAAAUCUAAUGGCAUUUGAAACAGUUGAUAAUAGUUUUGAUAGGACUUCAUGGAAGUCAAACUUUUGAGUUAGAAAUUGUUUCGGGGACUCUAGAUAGUUGGCUAGAGAAUACAGUGUUCAGGUGUUAACUUCAGAAGCACACAUUGCUCCAAGGAGACCACUUUCACGAGUGUAUUCUGUAAGUUUAAAAGCCUAGUCAGAUUCUGCAAAUUGUGUGUAAAAAUGCGAAAGGGUAAAGAAUAAAGCUCCCUGCCAAAGCUUCAGAUGAAAGUGAACACUAGUUAGAUGGAGUGAUGUGUCCUUUGAAAUUUUAACUUGAAGCACAGCUGCAGGAAGAUGGCAGAGACAUCGGACCAUGCCUUGGUUGCCAUGUUUCCUAAAAAUAAUAAAUACUAAAAAGUGCUAUGUUA